AUGUCUGGUCUGUCAAGUGCAACAUCUGGCCCUUUUUCUACCACACGUGGCUCUUCCAGUACAACAUCUGGCCUGUCAAGGACAACCUCUAGCCCUUUUACUACCACAUCUUCUACUUUUAGUACCACAUCUGGGCUUUCCACAUCUGCCUCUCCUAGUACUACAGCUGACUCCUUUACUACCACAUUUGGCCAGACAACAUCUGGCCCUUUUACACCAACAUCUGGUUCUUUCACUACCACAUCUGGCCCAUCAAGUACAACGUCUGGCCUUUCAAGUGCAACAUCUGGCCUUACGACAGCUGACUCCUUUACUACCACAUUUGGCCGGACAACAUCUGGCCCUUUUACACCAACAUCUGGUUCUUUCACUACCACAUCUGGCCCAUCAAGUACAACGUCUGGCCUUUCAAGUGCAACAUCUGGCCUGUCAAGGACAACAACUGGCCCAUCAAGGACAACAUCGAGCCUCUCUAGUACAACAUCUAGUCCAUUUACUACAUCUUUCCGACCUUCUUCCACAUCUUCUACUUUCAGUAGCACAUCUGGGUUUUCCACAUCUGCCUCUCCUAGUACAACACCCAACUCCUUUACUACAACAUUUGGGAAGACAACAUCUGGACCUUUUACGUCAACAUUUGGCUCAUCCAGCACCACAUCUGGCCCAACAAAUACAAUGUCUGGUCUGUCAAGUGCAACAUCUGGCCCUUUUUCUACCACAAGUGGCUCUUCCAGUACAACAUCUGGCCUGUCAAGGACAACCUCUAGCCCUUUUACUACCACGUCUUCUACUUUUAGUACCACAUCUGGGCUUUCCACAUCUGACUCUCAUAGUACAGCAGCUGACUCCUUUACUACCACAUUUGGCCAGACAACAUCUGGCCCUUUUAUGCCAACAUCUGGCUCUUUCACUAUCACAUCUGGCCCAUCAAGUACAACAUCUGGCCUUUCAAGUGCAACAUCUGGCCCAUCAAGGACAACAUCUAGCCCUCUUACUACCAUAACUGGCUCUUCAAGAACAACAUCUAGUCCUUUUACUAUCACAUCUGAUCCACCUUCUUCCACAUCUUCUACUUUUAGUCACCACAUCUGGCCCAUCAAGUACAACAUCUGGCACUUUGAGUGCCACAUCUGGCACUUCAAGUACAACAUCUGA